AUGCAACCAACAAGGAGGAGUUCGCGGCUCUUGAAACUGAAGAAUGUCGAGGCUGCUUCGCCGAACACAUUUGACCUCUCUUCUGGGUCAGGUUCAUCCUCACGCAAGAGGAGCCACCGUCGUGCCUCAGCUAGUGACGCUGUGCCUCCACCUGAAUCCGUUGAGCCUGAAGUCGAGUCUCUCUCAGAUGAGGAAUCCUCCGACGACCACUCCGAAGAAGCCCCGCCGGCAGCUGACACUCCUCCGAAAGAACUGAGAUUUGAGGAGAGUCAAAAUGUGUAUCAAACUAAAGCUCAGUUCUAUCCAGAGCUUAUGCGGCCUAAAAGGAUGCCAAUGACUGAACGUUUCUUCUCAGUCGAGGCGACUGAGCGCUUGAUUCAUACCCUCACUGAUCUCGAUCCUUAUCAGCCCAAUGUAAUCCGCGAAUUCAUUGCUAAUCUUCCGGAAGCUGAGGAACGAGACGAUGGUGUAGCGGUGUAUGUUAGAGGAUCUCUUGUUGAUUUCUCUCCGAGUCUGAUUAAUUCGAUGUAUUGCAUUCCAGGGUUUGAAGAAGAUCCUAACUGGAUGGAUGAACGUCUUGAUGAAGUUUGUGGUUUUCUCACUGAUGGACGAAUAAGACGAGGUGAGAACAUGAGUUCGAAGUAUCUCACAGCUACGAAUCAGGUUCUGUAUAAGCUCGUUUGCUCGAAUUGGAUUCCCACCAGGAACUACACUUCAAUGAACCAAAGGCGACUCAGGUUCGUCUACAUGCUUCAUCAUCAUGACGGAUUUGACUUCGAGAAACUCGUCUAUGAUCACAUAAUAGCAAUGGCAGCGAACACUCAGACAGAGAAGACUCGGUGUAUCAUGUUCCCUAACUUGAUUCAGCAGGUUAUCCACUUUCAGCGUACUAUAACUCCUGACUUGCUUCAUGAUGAGUUCACUGGAACACCGAAGCUUGUUGUCAAGGAUGUUAAAGCUGGUCGUGGGUCUGGAGCUGACUCAAGUGCUGCCAGCCUUGAAGACGACAUCAAUCGCACCAUUGCGGGGCUCAAAGCCAUUCGAGUUCGCCUAAGGAGGGGAGACUAUGAGCAACAUGUUCCUCAUCCAGGGUUUGAAGAAAACGAUGAGCAGGAUGAAGAUAAGGAAGACGCGUUGCAUAGGUUGUCACAUUCAGAUAAAAAGGGGGAGAAUGUAAGCUCAAGAAAAGGAGCUUGUCGGAUUGAGAAACAGAGGAUGUGUUAUGCACAAUAUGGGAAGUGUAACUUGCUGUUACAAGUCGGUUAUGAGACGAUGACGUGUCAAUGUCUCAUUGGUUCCAAGAUGUUACUUUGGCGUGAAGCAAAGAAGAUUUGGAAGAUUUGGGCUUAUCACAAUAAUUAG